AUGUCGUCCUUCUGUGCUGCAGAGAGCGUUAGAAGGCCCAUCAUCUCCUUGACACCAGCUGGUGAGAUCACCUGGGGCCAGAAAGUCCGCUUCACUUGUUCAUCUUCACCUGAGAAGUUUGUAAGCGCCGUCUUCAUGACGACCUCCAGCUCAACCACUUGGAAAAAAGUAGCACAGCUAUCAUCACGCGGCUCAGUUGUUGCUACUCUCACCUUCUCUCAAGUGACCUUUGACAAUGACGGAUUGUACCAGUGUCAAUUCAGAGAUAGUUCUGGGUCUUCACAGUCUCUGUUAAGUGGCUCUGUCAGACUCUCUGUCAAAGUGAACCUCCCAAAGCCCAGCAUCUCUGCAGAUGUUCACAGUGACGUUAUCUGGGGCAACGAUGUCGUCAUCACCUGUUCCAUCUCAACUCGGCAUUUUGAUGGUACAUUCACUCUGAUGAAGACCUCAGACUCUUCCUCCACUCAGAGCCAAAAGACAAGCUCCAGCUCUGCAACCUUCAACAUCCGUCACGUGGACUUUGACGAUGAGGGAUCAUACCGGUGCCAGUAUCAGACCUCAAGUUCAAGUCAGGACUUUUACUCUCCCAAAAGUGACCCCAUCACUUUCUCUGUUAUUGUUCCACUGCAGCAGCCUGAAAUCACCCUGUCGUCCCCUGGCGGAGCGUUGCAGUGGAGUCCAGGAGCUGUAGAGGUCACCUGGGGUCACAGCUUUGUCCUCACCUGCUCAGUUCCCUCCCACUACCCCGGAGGCCUUUUCACUCUCAGCUUCUCUGGUUCCACCGCCAAUGACACCAAACCUGCAGUCAACCAAUCCGCGUCCUUUGAGUUCCCCACCGCCAACUAUGAUCACCACGGCAACUACAGCUGUGUGUAUGAAGUCACGCUGUCCUCAAGGAAGUUCACUUCAGCGGAGACGUGGAUUAGUGUCGUCAUUGAACUGCCUUUGUGGAUGCUGGUGUCCUCAGUGUCUGCUGGGGUUGUUCUGCUGCUGCUGCUGCUGCUGCUGCUGGUCCCGCUGGUGAUCGUCCUGGUACGUAAGAGACGACGAGUCGUGACACAACAAGGUGUCCCCUCCUUAACUCCAAUGACUGUUGGGAAUCACUACGAGGACUCUGACAGCGAUGAGGAGCCCAACUAUAUAAACUUUUACCCAACACAGGGCAAGAACAUGCAGAAGGCGCAAACAUGUGGAAUGUUGGAUGAAGAAAACGAGUUCGAUGAUGAUGAUGAUGAUGAUGAUGAUGAUGAUGAUGAUGAAGACUAUGUAAACGUAAACCAGCCCUUUGCUGAAGAACAAAUGGAUAUCUAUGAAAACUUUUGAUCCAGAAGUAUUUCUCUUUUUUUAAUACAGAAACAGAGCAUUUAUAUCUUCAAAGAUGAACUGAUUAGUCUAGACUUCCACCUGAUG